AUGAAGCUUUCAGUUAUCGCCGUGGUGUUAUGUGCAUGUAUAUAUGCAGCGACAGCAGAUGUCGCUCACAUAAAGGCAACAAAGGCAAAACUUCUCGGACGACUGGCUGGAAAACAUCACAAAAGAGGCAUUUUAUCUUCUGUUCCACCAUUUAAAUUAGGACAUGAUAUCCCUUUAGUAACACAUUCAGUUGUCAAACCACUGGUAGUAACAUACCCGCCCACUGCAGCUGUUGCAGCCGUAAAAAUUCCCGUGCCUAACCCUCACGUACCACGAUUUCCGGCCCCAGUCGGACACAGAGUACAUGGCUUACCACAUCCACACUAUGGGCUAAAAUUCCCUCACACUAAGUUUGUAGCACAAUCAGAUCAUCAUUUCCAUCACCAUCAUCACCAUGUGGCUCCAAGGCCAAUAGUACCUGUUGUGCCAGCUGCUCCUUUACCUCCUACUCCUGUAACUCAUGUAGCUCCUGUUCGCCCCGUGCUUCCAAUACCUCAACCAACUGUUGCUGUCACACAUUCUGCCCCGGCUCCACCACCUCCAGUAAUCUUGCCUGCAUCAGUCCUUCCUGCUCAUCCAUUACCAGUGCCUGCUCCACCAGUACCAAUUGUUCCAAAUCAUUUACAUCUUAAACCACUUUUACCCGCCGGUACGAUUCCAUUAGCUCCAGCACCAACCCCAUUAUUCCCCGCACCUGUAUUCCCAUUGAGGCAACCUUAUCCUUAUGUAAUUCGUCCUGGUGGUGCAGUUCAAACUUCAGUUUUCGCUACGUAUCCCAGAUAUCCACUAAUUAAUAGUUAUCAAGCUCCACUAUUUCCUUUUCAAACACCUUCUACACAGGCUUUUCCUCAAAUCUUACUUGAACGCCCGCAUGUCCAUGCCUACCAAGGUGUAGCUCAAGCGGUAGAUCACCACGGAGUUAUAGAACAACAUUCACCCAAUUUUGUUGUAGAGGAAACUCCACAUUUACAUCCUACUCAAGUAGCGCCACAACCUGCAUUUCAUGUACACCCAGCCCAAGAACAGCAACCGACUUUCCAUGUCCAUCCAACCCAAGAAACGCUCACGCCUCAACCUGCAUUCCACUUACAUCCCACACAAGAAACCUUACUUCAGCCCGGUCUUCAUUUACAUCCCACCCAAGAAACACAUCCAGAAUUUCAUUUACAUCCUGCCCAAGAGCUAUUACCUCAACCAGGGUUCCAUUUGCAUCCCACACAAGAUACGUUACAACAUCCAGGUUUCCAUUUGCAUCCUACUCAAGAAAAUAUACCGCAACCUGGAUACCAUUUACAACAUUCUCAAGGAGUACCUCAACCGACACAGCCAUCUCUAGAACACGACGGUUGGAACCCAGUUGCAUCGCAACCGCAUGAUUUAGCUUCUCAUGAAGGUCAUUUUCCCCAACAAAGUCAUCAUUUCUCACAAGAACAAGGGACUCAAGUGUUUGAGCAUCACACAGAUGAUCAAUAUAAUGACUAUCAACAUCAACUGCAACAUCAUAUACAACAACAAAUAGAACAAGCUCAGUACGAACAAAGCUUAAAUAACCAACACCAACCAGCCCAAGAAUAUGGUGUACCACAACAUGGCCAAGAUUUUGGUCAAAACGAUUAUUCACAACAAGGACAAGAUUUUGGGAAUAAUGGUCAAGAUUUUGUACAACAUGGUCAAGAUUACUCACAACACGGUCAAGAUUUCUCACAGCACGGUCAAGAUUUUUCUCAACAUGGCCACGACUUUUCCCAACAAGGUCAAAAUUUUGGGCAACAGGGUCAGGAUUUUGGACAGCAUGACUAUAAUUUAGGUCACCCAGGACAAGAAUACGGAUUACCACAACAAGGUAUUGAGGGUCGUAAUGCAGACGAAAAUGAACAGCAAUUCCACAACCAUAUACCUCUUGGUCUUCAACCACCUCUUGAUAGGCCUCUCGAUCACUUCCAA